CCAAGCCUCUUUUAUAACCGCGCACUCACAUCGCACACCUUGCAAGCAACGCCUCGAGGUGUAAAAGGCCAUUCGCUUUCGUUGAUCUUCUGCCGCAACUUUUCUGUUUGUUAUUUGCUUGGCUUUUUGUCCAAUUGUAGCGAGGUAAAAUGGCGCGUGGCAACCAGCGUGACAAGGCUAGGGAGAAGAACCUCAAGGAGCAGGCUGGAAAGAAAUCCAAGAAUACGCAAUCCGGUACCGAGUUUGCCCGCACAAAGGAGAAUGUUGCGGCUAUCAUGCGCGCUAAGCAGGCUGCUGCUGAGGCAAAGAAGGCUGAAACUGCCAAGAAAUGAGCAGCUGCGGCAACGAUUACAGCAGCAACUUAGACAGCCUCAGUCAUUGAGCAGCGGAGUUUACGGAA